AUGGGGGACAUUUUUCAUUCAAACCAUCAGAGAAGCUCCUCCAUUCUCAUCCUUUCCAGUGUGCAGGUGGCCGUUAUUGGACUAUCCGAUUCAAUAGUCUGUGCAUGGUGUGACACAAGCCUACAACAACCACCACAACCAACAACAACACUACCAACACCAAAACCUCCACCAACAACAACAAUCACAACAGUGCCAAUACCAACACCUCCACCACUACCAACACCCACAACAACACUACCAACACCAAAACCUCCACCACCACCAACAACAACAACAUUACCAACACUAACACCAGCACCUCCUCCACCACCACCACCAACAACAACAACCACAACAAUAUUACCAACACCAGCACCUCCACCACCACCAACAACAACAUUACCAACACUAACACCAGCACCUCCUACACCACCAACACCACUAACCACAACACGGCCAACACCAACACCUCCUCCACCACCCACCACCAUCCCCAACAACACUACCAACACCAACACCUCCACCAACAACAGCAACACUCACAACAACAACACUACCAACACCUCCACCACCACCAACAACAACAACAACAUUACCAACACCAAUACCUCUACCACUAUUACCACCACCAACACCCACAAACACACACUAAAAUAA